CGUCAGACAAGCUUGGAAUGCUUUGCUGAAUGAGCACUCAGGGAGUCAUUAUUCGUGGGCCACUGCGCAUGGGAGACGUUCCUUUAAGGCCUUCACAAAUUGACUCAUCAUCGACUUCUGUAGAGCUAUUUUUGAGUUUGACUUAUUUUCAAAUUUAUGUAGAGAGAAGUUUAAGUUGUUUUCAAGGGGGAAAGAGGUCAAAGUAGGUAAGAUACUGCUUCUCCUAUGUUGUAUGUGUGUUAAUAUUCAGUAUGAGUCUGCUCCACCUCCUGUUGAAAAAGGUCUUCUAACUUCUCUGUCGGCGUCGCUGUUGGUAUCACAGACUCAGCCAGUUCUCCUGACACCUUCUGGAUUGCCGGACACGGAUUGCGUCAAGAUUUCGAGGAGAUUCGUCGUAGUCGACUAUUGACUAGUGCAG